GGCCCAUUUUGACCCGCGGGCGGUUCGAAACGGGAGCAUUGAAGAUACAGAGGAAUUAACACACCACGCGGGUUUUCAUUUGAAUUCAUUUAUUUGGAUUUCGGCGGAUCUCCAGGUGAUCGAGAAUCGCCAAUGGCCACCGAUAUGUACCCAGCUGGGUCUCUCAACCCCUUGGAGAGUGAAGGCAGUGAAAAUAAUUUUGUCACGAACCCAUCAAGACCAAUACAUGCUACUCCAGAAGCAAAUAAAUCCGUGGAAGCGUCCUCAAAUAAGGCUGGACGCGCUAAGCGCAAAAAUAAACAAUCCCAACCUUCCCUGGAUGAGUUGGGCACGCCUUCGGCAGAUGAAAGGAGCCAUAAUGCCUCUGGGCGCAAGAAAAGUUCUACCAAGAAAAGAGGCCAAGCUCUCUUUCCGUCUGCAACAAGAGAAACAUAUCCUGAGGAUGCUGCUACCGCUAAGCGUGCUGCUUAUGCUGACGAUUUUGAGGGCGGGGCAGAUCGAGAUCUUCGGCCUUCACCAGCUCUGCCCUCGCCCGCUGAUAGCGGCCUGCAGGUACCCCAUAAAACACCGGCCAAACACGCUGGAGAGGUCCAGAAGACGGCUCCUAUAGCUUCUGACAAGAAGUCCGGUCCCAAGCGGCGCCGCCUUUACUCGCAGCCAGUGGGCGUGAUCGAGCCGGCCAGUUCUAUGAGCGGCUCGCAGAGCGGCGAUCAUCCCCCAGCACUGCCCUUCCGCGGACGGACGGCACCGGACGCGUCCAGCCGCGCCAACGAGUCCGUCUACGACCACCUGAUCGAGCACAGCGCCCGCAGAGCGACCUUCAGCGGGCGCGCCGGCAUCGGCGCCGCCAAGGUGCCCUGCGGCCGUAAGUCGGCGCCCGCGCGGGCGCGGAGCAUCGCCGGCGCGCCGUCCGUCUCCGACCCCGCGCCGGCGGCCAGCCGUCCCCCGCGGCGCCAGGCCGCUGCCGCCGCCGUCGGACGGCUGCGGGACGCCCCCAGUGAAGACGAGACCGGUCCGGGCGUGGCGGAGCACCAGUCGCCGGAGGAGAACCGCCAGUCACACGGCGGCGGCUCCCAGUCUGCGGAGCGCUUUCCUGAACGGGAGGGAGACAGCCCUGCCGACCCCUCGGCGUCGGGAGGCAGCCCCGUACCGUCUCCGGACGCUGCUGUGCCGGCCACAGAGGCCAGUCCGCCGGACGACGACUCGGAGCAGGAGCUGGAGCGCGGCGGCGGCGAGGUAUUCUUCCUGCCGACGGUGGUGCGCUCAGACGACGAGAGCGACGACGAGCUCGCCGAGGAAAGCGCCGGACCGCCGGUGGGGCGGGCGGGCCCGACAGACGGCGCGUGCACCUCGGACAGCCCGGCGCCCGACUGUGCAGAGGUCAGCCGCGGUCAGAGGUUCGGCGCCGCGGGUCCGUCGGGAGCGCCCGGAGCCGCCCAGCGGAGGGCGCGGCGCCAGAGCCCGCCGGUGGAACCAGACGAAGCCCUGAGCGAGGGUUUCUGUGACGAGCCGGCGCCGCCGCGCGGGUCCGGCGGCCAGCGCCGCUCGGAGCCGGACCGUAAACGCUCCCGGAGCAGCUCCGGUCCCAGCUGGAUGGGCAGCGAGAGGCGCGCCUCGGCCAGGCCCAAACACUACUCGCGCCCCCGGGCGCCGUCCCCCGACAGAAGUCUGCGGCGCUACUCGUACGUCUGGGGCACCAGGCCGCCGCCGAGACACGACCACACCACCGCUGGUACCAAGAGUCGCAGCCGCAGCCGCAGCGGCAGCCGCGACCGGGGCCGGGGCCGAGACAGCUCCGGGCCCCGGCUCAGCUACAGUCGGAGCGACAGGCCGGCCACGCGCGGCAGAGCGUCCUCGCAACGCACGGCGCGCCGGUUCUUCACCGUGGACCCGGAGACGGAGACCACGCCUGCCGAGAACCCCAGUCCGGACGGCACCAGUCCCAGCCCGGUGGUGACCAGCGCCAGUGACUCGGUGUCGCGACACGUGCUGGUAGUGGAGCCGGACCCGUGCUCGUACCGACACCGGCCCUGCGAGAUCGGCCCCAACAUCUCGUCCGAGUCGUCGUCGACGCGGCGGCAGCAGGCGCGCAGCCCGCCGUCGCCGCCGCGCGGCCGGGCGGGUCGACAGUCCGCCGCCUCCCGUCCGUGGAGCCGCCCCGCCGCGGGAGCCGACCGGAGUCGGCAGCGGACGCCGCCGGAGCCGGACCGGAGCCGCUCCCGUCGGCAGCUAGAUGUGGAGCGCGCCGCCGCUCCGGAAGCGUAUGGAGAAUACGCGGACGAUGGCGCGGACUGGGCGGAGCCGGAGCUAGAACCGGAGCCGGAGCCAAUGGACACGACACCUCCGGCGGCCUCCCACAGAGGACACCCGGAGCAGGGCGUCUCUCCGCAGCCUUAUCGCCCUGUGCAGAGCUCCGCCCUGCGGCCUGAGCACCCUGAGCAGAACGCCGCUCCGCAGUCCUACCAUCCUGUGCAGAGCGCCGCCCGGCAGCCAUACCACCGUGAGCAGAGCACUUCCCCGCAGUGCGGCCAGCCGCCGCGUCCUCAGCGGGAACGGUCCGAUCUGCGACCGGUCCCGGUCAGAUCCCAGGUCACACCGCCAGCACAGACCCCUGCACCUGUCACGGCCAACCCCGUGACGGUCCGGCCGGACCCUGCCACCCGCCCGCCCGUCCCCCAGCAGCCUCAGCCGGCGCCGCGGGCCGUUCCGUCCACACCACAGCACGGCGCGGGCACGGCUCCGCCCGGCCGUCAGAGCGCGCCCCACGAGCGGCGGCCCGCAGCGCUGCCGCCGGGGCGUCACAGCGCGCCCGGCGGCGCGGACGGCGCGCCCAUCGGCUCGGAGCUGGCGCGUCUGGUGGCGCGCUGGCGGCAGCUGGCGCGGCUCGAGCGGCAGACGUUCGAGGCGCUGCACGCCGCCCAGCGCCGCCAACGGGAGGUGCUGAACACGCAGCAGCGGCUGCACGGCGCCCGCCUGCAGGAGGGCAGGCGCGCCCGGGCCGGCAUCCUGGCCUCCUGCGACGUGCUGGAGCGGCUGAUCGCCAGCGCCUGACGCGCCGCCGCGGAGAACUGAGUCGGGGCUGAGUUCGGCGAGCGGCUGAGUUCGAUCUCGUCGGAAUCGCUGUUACUGAGCGCGGCUGUGCGCCCUGGAAAUCAAUUGGGUGCGUUACUCUACACGGUCGUAUGUAUAUGAUGGACCUAUGCAACUUACGUCGAACAAUUGUUCGGUUGACGCUUUGUUUUGUUGAUGAAUUUAUUUAUGUUACAACAUUUUCAUUGAUUUCUACGUAUAUUAUCCACCGUUUGAUUGAUAUUCUUUCAAAUAAACUUCAUUUUUGUCA